GCAUUAGUGCGAGCACGGUGAGAGAAGAAGAAGGGUUUCUUUUUGCUGCCAUGUACAAACUGGGAAUUUAUAAACUCCAUGAAAAACCACCAAACCAGAGGUGUUAGAGUCGGAUCAGCUGGUUUGGUGAAGAGUGCUCUGCAACCAUGCAGAUCCAGGUGACUUCGCUGCUGGCUCUGCUGCUGCUGCUCCUGUGCAGUGGCACCCGAAACCAAGGGCUGGAUGCAAAGUCCGAUCUACACUUCACCCGUCCUGUUUACAAUGCCACCAUAUUCGAAAACUCUGCUGCUAAAACAUACUUGGAAGGCCCUGUCAAAAUGGGCAUCUACAAAACAGACCCUUCAUGGGACAUACGGUACAAAAUCGUGUCAGGUGACAAUGAGAACCUUUUCAAAGCUGAGGAGUAUCAAUUGGGGGACUUUACCUAUUUGCGAAUAAGGACCAAAGGAAGCAGCAGUUCUAUUCUUAACCGGGAGGUCCGAGACCACUAUUUGCUGACGGUCAAAGCUGUGGAAAGGAACUCAAAUGCAGAGGCACGAGCCCGAGUCAUGGUUCAGGUACUAGAUACCAAUGACCUCCGGCCUCUGUUCUCUCCCACCUCUUACACUGUGUCCUUGCCAGAGAACACAGCAAUCCGCAGUAGCAUUGCCAAGGUCAUGGCAACGGAUGCGGACACCGGUACGAAUGGAGAGUUCUACUACAGCUUUAGGGGGUGGACAGACAUGUUUGCGGUCCAUCCCACAAGUGGGGUGGUUACUCUAACUGGAAAACUAGAUUAUGCAGAGACAAAGCAGUAUGAAUUGGAGAUAUUAGCAGUAGAUCGUGGGAUGAAGCUAUAUGGGAGCAGUGGGUUUAGCAGUAUGGCUAAACUAACGGUACGUGUGGAGCAGGCUAAUGAGAAUGCCCCAGUCAUCACCGCUGUCACUCUAGCACCUUCCAACACGGACAAAGACCCGACUUACGCUGUAGUGACUGUUGAAGAUGAUGACCAAGGAGCCAAUGGUGAAAUAGCAUCUCUUAGUGUGGUAGCAGGAGACCCUUUACAGCAGUUUCGAGCUAUGAGAACCAUUCCCGGCAGUAAGGAAUACAGAAUUAAAGCAGUGAAGGAAAUCGACUGGGAUAGUCAACCAUAUGGUUACAACCUCACUUUGCAAGCUAAAGAUAAAGGAAACCCACCCCAGUUUUCUUCAGCUAAAGUCAUCCACAUCGCUUCCCCACAAUUUAAAGUAGGGCCCCCUAAAUUUGAACAGUCUGUUUACAGGGCCAAUAUAAGUGAAUUUGCUCCACUGCACACUCCGGUUGUAAUAGUAACAGCUGUGCCAAAAUAUCCCCAAUUGAAGUAUGCUUUCAAACAUAAAUUGGACAAAAUUCCCUUUGCAAUCAAUUCAGACACUGGUUUAAUUACAACAGCUGGACCCAUCCAUGCUGACUCUUUGCCACACUAUGAAUUAGAGGUAAUUAUUAGUGACAGAAAAGCAGCCACCAAAGUUAUUAUCGAUGUGAUUGACGUGAACAAUAAUGCCCCAGAGUUUCAGCAGUCAUCUUACAAGGCCAGUGUUGAUGAAAACAUGCCAGUAGGCACCAGUGUUCUAACAGUGAAAGCCACAGAUUUGGACAGUGGAGAGAAUGGCUACGUCACAUAUAGUAUUGCUAAUAUAAAUCCCCAGCCUUUUGUUAUUGACUACUUUACUGGUGUUAUCAGUACCUCAGAACCACUUGAUUAUGAGUUGAUGCCAAGGAUUUAUAAUUUACGAGUACGUGCAUCAGAUUGGGGUGAACCCUUCCGACGUGAGGUGGAGACACAAGUCACAAUCACCCUGAGCAAUCUGAAUGACAACAAUCCUCUGUUUGAGAACGUGGAUUGCCAGGUAACCGUGCCCAGAGAUCAUGGCAAUGGAGAACAGAUCACAACUGUAUCUGCCAUUGAUGCUGAUGAGCUUCAGCUAGUCAGGUACAUGAUUAAAGCUGGCAACGACCUGGAUCUUUUCGAGUUGAACCCCAAUUCAGGGGUGUUGUCCCUAAAGCAGUCCCUGAGUGAGGGUGAAGCAGCAAAGACAUCCUUGUACAGCUUGCAGAUCGUAGCCAGCGAUGGAGAACAUGAAACUCCAGCAAUCUUCUUGAACAUAACUGUCGUCACUCCGCGAAAACCGGUUCAAGUCAAGUGUGUUGACACUGGUGUAGCCACCAUGUUGGCAGAAAAAUUGCUGCAAGGCAGUAAAAUCCACAGCCAAAUAGAACCAGAUGAUAACUUUUUAGACCUUCAUGCCGUCAAUCGCUUUACACCUCAGUUCGCAGAAUCAUUCCCAAGCGUCAUUGAGGUCAAAGAGGAUCUGCCUGUUGGGGCUCGGAUUGUCCAUUUGAGCGCUUCCGACUCUGACAGUGGUUUCAACGGAAAGCUGGUUUAUGUCAUAUCUGGAGGUGACACAGAAAGUCGGUUUGAAGUUGACAUGAAUGAUGGUUGGCUUAAAGUGUAUACGCCACUUGACAGAGAGACGUCUGAUCAUUACACACUAAAUGUCACCGUGUAUGACCUCGGAAUACCUCAGAAGUCGUCAUCUCGCCUGCUUGACAUCAAGGUAACAGAUGCUAAUGAUAACAGCCCACAGUUUCUACAAGGCACAUAUUCAGUGGAAAUAAAUGAAAACACGGCUGUAGGGACUGAAAUCAUUCAGGUCGAAGCCAAAGAUAGAGAUCUGGGAGAUAAUGGUGUUGUUAGGUAUUCUAUAUUGGCAGACACAGAUCAGUUUGCUAUUGACGAGGAGACUGGAGUGGUUCGGGUCAAAAAGCCUUUAGAUCGUGAGGUUCAGGCUGAGUUGGUGCUCAGGAUAGCAGCCCGUGACCAGGCUACUGUUGAACCUCAGCUUGUAUCGACCGUGUCACUUAAAAUCACACUUGAAGAUGUGAAUGACAAUCCUCCAAAAUUUAUACCUCCCAAUUAUCGGGUAAAAGUCCGUGAGGACCUGCCUCUUGGUACUGUUAUUAUGUGGUUGGAAGCCCAUGAUCCAGAUGUAGGAACUUCGAGCCAGGUACGCUAUAGCCUUGUCGACAGUGGUGACGGGAAAUUUGAAGUAGACAAACUCAGUGGCGCAGUUCGAAUUGUACAGAAUCUGGAUUAUGAGAAAAAACAAGUUUACAAACUUGUAGCAAGGGCCAAGGACAAAGGAAAACCGAUUGCUUUAUCCUCGACCUGUCAUGUCGAGGUGGAGGUGGUGGACGUGAACGAGAAUUUACAUCGACCAUGGUUCCCGUCAUUUGUGGAUAAGGGAUUUAUCAAAGAGGAUGUGCCAAUUGGAACGUUGGUCAUGAAAGUAACGGCCCAGGAUGAGGACAAAGGAAGAGACGGGGAGAUUCGCUACUCGAUUCGAGAUGGAUCUGGACUGGGGAUCUUUGCCAUUGAUGAAGAAACUGGUGUGAUCCGCACUCUGGAGCUGCUGGACCGCGAGUCGGUGCCACACUACUGGUUAACAGUGUACGCCAGCGACGGCGGCGUGGUGUCUCUGUCUUCCUUCGUAGAGAUCUACAUUGAGGUGCAGGAUGUGAACGACAAUGCACCGCACACCUCUGAGCCUGUGUACUACCCAUCCGUCAUGGAGAACUCACCCAAAGACGUCUCGGUCAUUCAGAUCGACGCCUUCGAUCCUGACACUCGCUCCAGUGACAAACUGAGCUACAAGAUCAGCAGUGGGAACCCGCAGGGCUUCUUCAGCAUCGACGCCAAGACCGGUCUCGUCACUACCACGUCUCGCAAACUGGACAGAGAGCAACAGGAUGAGCACAUCCUCGAGAUCACGGUGACUGAUCAGGGCGUACCAGCCCGCUCCACCACAGUACGUGUAAUCGUGCAGGUGUUAGACGAGAAUGACAACCGACCCAUCUUCAUGGAAAAGGUCUACAAAAUCAAGCUGCCAGAGAGGGAGAAGGUGGAGAAGGAGCGUUCAAUGCGUCGAGAGCCAGUGUAUCGAGUCAUCGCUUCAGAUCGUGAUCACGGCGCCAACGCUGAGAUCUCCUACAGCAUCGAGGAUGGCGACGAGCAGGGAAAGUUUUUUAUUGAACCCAAAACGGGCCUUGUAUCGUCUAAGAAGUUCUCCUCAGCUGGUGAAUACGACAUUCUUACGAUCAAGGCAGUGGAUAACGGCCGACCCCAGAAGGCAUCCACUUGCCGCCUGCACAUCGAAUGGAUCCCGAAACCAGAACCAAGUGCCACUCCACUGGCCUUCGAUGAGAGCUUGUUUUCCUUCACCGUCAUGGAGAGUGACCCUGUCUCCCACAUGGUCGGAGUAAUCACCAUGGAGACCACGAACACUCCCGUCUGGUUUGAUAUCACAGGCGGGAACUCGGACAGCCGUUUCGAUGUGAGAAAAGCAAGCGGGACGCUGAUAGUCGCACGGCCACUGGACGCCGAGCAUAAAUCAAACUACAACCUGACGCUGGAGGCUACGGAUGGCACAAACACAGUCAGCACACAGGUCCUCAUCAAAGUGAUCGACACCAACAACCACCGGCCGCAGUUUUCCCAGCCACGGUACGAGGUGAACGUGCCUGAGGAUACGGCGCCCGACACUGAGGUGGUACGCCUGAGUGCCACCGAUCAGGAUGAGAAGAACAAGCUGACGUUCACGUUGCUGAGCAGCACCGACCCGUUCAGCCUGCGCAAGUUCCGCCUGGACCCAGGAACUGGAGCACUGUACACAGCCGAGGCGCUCGACCAUGAGGCCAUGCACCAGCACACACUCACCAUCAUGGUGCGAGACCAGGACAUUCCAGUGAAGCGUAACCUCGUGCGAGUGAUCGUUAGAGUGGAGGAUGCGAAUGACAAUGCGCCAUGGUUUUUUGGAGUGCCGUUUGUGGCGCGCGUGUUUGAGUCAGCUGCUGUCGGCUCAUCCGUGCUGCAGAUCACUGCUUUGGACAAGGACAAAGGACAAAAUGCUGAAAUUGUCUACAGUAUCGAAUCAGGAAAUGUGGCUAAUUCAUUUGCCAUCGAUCCUGUCCUCGGGACCAUCACUGUGGCAAAAGAGUUGGACCGAAGCAACAACAAUCACUUUGAGCUGACAGUGAAAGCUACAGAUAGAGGAACUCCGCCCCUUAGCGCUACAGCGACCGUUGACAUAGCAGUCACUGUCUCGGACAACGCUUUGCCUAAAUUCACUGAGAAAGAGUUUUCUGCUGAGAUCAGUGAAACUGCACUUCCUGGAACUUUUGUAAGUCUGGUUACAGCCACUAGCCAAUCAUCAGUCUUCUACCAGAUCAAGGGAGGAAAUGUGAAUGGAGCGUUUGACAUUAAUCCCAACUCCGGAGUCGUUGUGACUCAAAGGGCUCUGGAUUAUGAAACCAUUCCAUCGUACACAUUGACCAUUCAGGGUUCUAACAUGGCUGGCCAAGCUAGCAAUGCUACACUUCUGAUUCACCUAAAGGAUGAAAAUGAUAAUGUUCCAGUUUUCAUCCAGGAGGAGUUUACCGGGCUAGUUAGUGAGUCAUCUCCUGUGAAAAGUGUGGUCCUCACCAAAGAUAGCACUCCUUUAGUCAUACGUGCUUUAGACAUGGAUCAUGAUGCAAAUGCUAGGCUUGUCUACCAAAUUGUGGAACCAUUUGCCCACAACUACUUUGCUAUUGAUUCUAGCACUGGAGCAAUAAGAACCACAACCGAGUUGGAUUAUGAACAAAAAUCUGUUUUCCGAUUCACAGUUCAAGUACAUGACAUGGGAAUCCCACGUCACUUUGCAGAGAAGGCUGCCAAUGUGACCAUCAAAGUCGUAGAUGUCAAUGAUUGUCCACCACAGUUUAGCCAAGACUUGUAUGAGGCGACAGUUCUAGUGCCAACUUACAAAGGUGUGAAAGUCAUCACAAUCAAUGCGACUGAUGCCGACUCGGGACCAAAUGUGAGACUCCUCUACUCGAUCGCAGAGGGCAACAUUGGAGAUAAGUUCAAAAUUGAUCCACUCACAGGAGUCAUUACUAUUCAAAAUGUCACCCAAUUGAGAAGUAGGUACGAGUUGAAGGCUAGGGUGUCUGAUGGCAGGUUUUCCAAAAUGGCAUCAGUGAAGAUCAGCAUUCGAGAGAAUAAAGCGAGCAGUCUGAAGUUCACUCAGAAUGCCUACAAGGCUUUUGUACAGGAAAACUCCUUGGAAAAGAAAACUCUGGCUGUAAUUGCUGCUGUGGGAAACCAAGUGAAUGAUCCACUGUUUUACACCAUUUUAAACCCAGAUAAAAGGUUUGAGAUCAGCCGUACUUCUGGGGUCGUCUCGUCGACUGGCAUACCCUUUGACCGUGAGGAGCAGGAUGCUUAUGACAUUGUAGUUGAAGUGACCAGAGAGGACAAAUCAUCUGAUGUGGCUCACAUUCUUGUAACAGUAACCAUCGAGGACGUUAAUGACAACGCACCCAUGUUUGUGAAUCUGCCUUACCAUGCACUGGUUCAGAAGGACGCCGAGGUGGGCCAAGUUAUUAGACAAGUGACUGCUAUGGAUUCGGAUAGAGGAAAUAAUGCUGACGUUAGAUAUCAUCUCCAGGAGCUAAAUGAAUACAUCCAAAUAAGUGCAAGUGGUGAACUUUCACUGAAAAAUUCAUUUGAGAUGGACUUGGUGGACUCCGAGUUUGUGGUCAUGGUUGUGGCUACAGAUGGUGGGGAGCCAUCAUUGUCAGCAACUGUUGAAGUGCCUAUAACUGUAGUGGAUAAAGCCAUACCGGUGUUUGAAAAACCUUUCUAUAGUCUAGAGAUCCCUGAGAAUGUACAGCUACACAUUCCCAUUAUCCAUGUACAAGCUAGCAAUUCAGAAGGACCAAGGGUAGUGUACACCAUCACAGAGGGUGAUCCUUACAAUCAGUUCUACAUCAAUUUCAACACAGGUGUUAUUCAAGUAGUACAGCCUCUUGAUUUUGAGACACACCCUGCUUAUAAACUAAGUGUAAGAGCCACAGAUUCACUGACUGGUGCUAAAGCUGACGUAUUUGUUGACAUAAUUUUAGAGGAUGUGAAUGACAACCCACCUGUGUUCCUAGCCAAGUCUUAUAAUGCAAGCCUUUCUGAAGCCUCUGUUAUCGGCACUGCUGCAGUACAGGUAUCUGCUGUUGAUCCAGACACAGGUAACAAUAAGCUUCUGUUCUACCAAAUAGCCAGCAAUGAUAAAAACUCUGAAUAUUUUACUGUCGAUCGUGACACUGGUAUGAUCUGGACAGCUCGCAUGCUAGACCAUGAGGAGAAAACGCAAUACAAGCUAACAGUCAGAGCUGUCGAUGGAGGAGUUCCAGCACUUUCCAGUGAAGUCACUGUGAUGAUUGACGUUAUAGAUCUUAAUGACAAUCCUCCUCAGUUCUCACAGAAGGUUUACGAAGCAGCUGUCAGUGAGCUGGCUCCCCGUGGCCAUUUCGUGACACAGGUUCAGGCUUCGGAUGCUGACAGCUCUGAUAGUGCAAACCUUGAGUUUUCAAUCUUGUCAGGAAAUGAGGAACAGAACUUUGUCAUAGAUAAAAAAUCUGGAGCUGUUGUGAUUUCCAAUCACAGGAAGCCACACAUGGAGCCUCUGUAUAACCUUAAUGUUUCUGUGUCUGAUGGUGUAUUCAGGAACUCUGCUCUUGUGAAAAUUACUGUCAAUGGUGCAAACUUCCACAGUCCUUCCUUCCCUCAAGUCGACCACAUAGUCGAGCUUCUAGAAAACUCUCCUGUUGGAACGUUAGUGGUAGAGGCUCCAGCAUCGGAUGAAGAUGCGGGCAUAUAUGGACGAGUCACAUACCACAUUGUCAAUGACAUUGCUAAAGAUAAAUUUUCUGUAAAUGAAGAUGGUGAACUUUUCACCUUGGAGAGCCUUGAUCGCGAGAAUGCUUUGGAGAAAAUCAUUCAGGUCUCCUUGAUGGCAAAAGAUGGUGGUGGCAAAGUGGGAUUCUGCACCAUCAAUGUGAUCCUAACCGACAUUAAUGAUAAUUCCCCACAGUUUAGAGUUGCAGAAUACAAAGUCAACAUAGGAUCAGAUGUUCCUAGAGGAACAAUGGUGGUUAAAAUUGCAGCUUCUGACAUGGAUGAAGGCAGCAAUGCAGACAUCACAUACACUAUUGAAGCAGACUCUGAUAACGUAUCUGAGAACUUUGAGAUCCACCCACUCAGUGGGGUCAUCAUGACUAAAGAGAGUCUCAUUGGAUUAGAAAAUGAGCUCUAUGGUUUCCUUGUACGUGCGAAGGAUGGUGGUAACCCUUCAAGAUCCUCUGUUGUCCCUGUCUAUGUUAGAGUACUUGCCCCAGAGGUUAAAGUGCCAAAGUUUGUAGAACCAUACUACAGGUUUGCCAUUGAAGAAGAUCGUUCUCUAGGCUCACAAAUAGACAUGAUUCAGGCAGAGAGUGACCAGCCAGUGUUCUACAGUCUAGUAAAGGGUAACACCCUAGAGAGCAACAAAGAUGAAGUUUUUGAGAUUAACCGUGAAACAGGAGCCCUGAAGCUGGUGAAGAAACUGGACCAUGAAAGCACCAAGUGGUAUCAGUUCACUCUCCAAGCACAAAGUGACCAUGAAGGGAAUGAAGUCAUCUCUUCUGUGGAUGUUAACAUCCAGGUCAAGGAUGUAAAUGAUAACAGUCCAGUCUUUGAGUCAGACCCUUAUGAAGCUGUUGUGGUUGAGAAUCUCCCUGGAGGCACGUCGGUGAUACAGGUGAAGGCAAUGGAUUUGGACUCAAGCACCAAUGGGCAGGUGAGUUACAGCCUGGAUCCCAUCCAGGAUUCAGUAGACAUAGCAGAAUUGUUUGCUGUCAAUAGCGAAACGGGCUGGGUGACCAUGCUGAAGGAGUUGGACCGCGAGCAGAGAGACAAGUACACCAUCUCAGUCCUAGCCAUUGACCGUGGAGACAAGGUGCAGCUUACAGCAAGCACUAGAGUGGAAGUAAUGGUAGCCGACGUGAACGACAACCCACCCAAAUUUACCGCAGAGAUCUACAAAGGCACAGUGAGUGAAGAUGAUCCUCCUGGUGGAGUGAUCGCCAUCCUCAGCACAACCGACGCAGACUCCAAGGACAUCAACAAACAAGUCGAGUACUUCAUUACAGGUGGUGACCCUCUGGGGCAGUUUGGUGUAGAGCACACACAGGGCGAGUGGAAGGUGUUGGUGCGAAAGCCAUUAGACAGGGAGGAGACGGACAAUUACCAGCUCAACAUCACAGCGACAGACGGCACCUUCACUGCCCGGGCAGUGGUGGAGGUCAAAGUGUUGGACGCCAACGACAACAGUCCUGUUUGUGAAAAGUCCCUGUACACGGUACGAGUCCUGGAGGAUGCCGUAUCCGGACGUUACGUCCUCCAGGUCUCUGCUACGGACGCUGACAUUCGCUCCAAUGCUCAUAUCAACUAUCAGCUCUCAGGAGCCGGAGCUGAACACUUCAGCAUCGACCCUGAGACAGGUGAGCUGAAGAUCUUUAGCGCUCUGGACUAUGAGGAGGAAGUGCUGCACAGGAUGAAGGUGCGUGCGGUGGACGGAGGAGGCCGAUACUGCGAGGCUGACAUCGAGGUCACGGUGGAGGACGUCAACGAUAACGCGCCACGCUUCAGCGCCGACCCCUUCGCCAUCACCGUGUUUGAGAAUACGGAGAUACACACACCUGUCGCACGGCUGCAGGCCACCGAUCUUGACACCGGCUCGAACGGUGAACUCGUGUACUCUUUGUUGGAUUCGGCUGACGGAGCAUUCUCUAUUGACGAGCACUCUGGUGUUCUCCGCUUGGCCACGCCCCUUGACCGUGAGCUCCAGCCUUUGUACACUCUCCAAGCCCAAGCAAUGGAUCGUGGCUGGCCCCGCCCCCUCUCCACCAUCUGCUCGGUGACGGUAUCUGUCCUGGACCUGAACGACGACCCUCCUGUCUUCCAGCGCCAUGAUUACAUCGCUACCAUCCCUGAGGACAUUGCCGCGGGAACCCAGGUGCUGCGCGUGCAUGCGGCUAGCCGUGACGCUGAAGCUCAAAUUUCCUAUGCCAUCGUCGAUGGGAACGAGAGAGGCGUGUUCAGCGUGGAUACACACACAGGUGUCAUUUUCGUGAUUGCACCGCUGGAUUAUGAAUUAUACCGUGAGUUUUCUCUGACGGUGGAGGCGACAGACGGAGAAACACCGUCUCUAAGCGACAGGGCCAUUGUUAGUAUCAAUGUGACAGACGUAAACGAUAACAGCCCUGUUUUCAGCCAGUCGGUUUAUGCAGCCGUGGUGAGCGAGGACAUCGAGCCGGGCACAAUGGUGCUGAUGGUCAUGGCUGAAGAUGCAGACGGACCCUCCAGUAACCAGGUGCGCUACUCCAUCGUCAGCGGCAACCAAGGAAGCCCUUUCUCUAUUGACCCUUUAAAGGGAGAGGUGAAGGUGGCACGGCAUCUGGACCGAGAGAAGGUGUCUGGUUACACUCUGACUGUCAGGGCGUCUGAUAACGGGAGUCCAGUUCGUUUAAGCACCACCAAAAUCAACAUUGAUGUCUCCGACAUCAACGACAACCCUCCAGUGUUCUCCCAGAGCAACUACACACUCAUCAUCCAGGAGAACCGUCCAGUGGGGACCAGUGUCCUCCAGCUGAGCGUAUCAGACCGAGACGCCUCACACAACGGGCCGCCGUUCUCCUUCUCCAUCAUCAACGGUAACGAGGAUCACACGUUUGACAUCACGUCUCAGGGAGCGCUGGUGUCAGUCGGGACGCUGAGUCGCCGCAACAAGGAUAACUACGUCUUGGGGAUUCAGGUGUCAGACUCUGGCCGGCCGCCAUUGUCUUCCUCCACCCUGGUGUUUGUUCGUCUGAUUGAAGAGAGCAUCCACCCGCCUGUCAUCCUCCCGCUCGAUGUGUUUGUCACCACGACGACUGCUGAGUACGCGGGUGGUGGAGUGCUGGGAAAAAUCCAUGCCACUGACCAAGAUGUGCACGACACCCUCACCUACGGCAUCAGCCCUGACCCCGCCCCUUCAGACAACUCCGGCCUCUUCUCUGUCUCAGCUGCUGAUGGCCGACUUGUAGCGCUGGGUGCCCUGGACUCUGGUCGCUACUCACUCAACGCCACUGUAACAGACGGUCGCUUCACAACGUGGGCACGUGUCACUGUGCAUGUACGCCCCGCGCCUUCCCUCAUCAAUCUCGUGAGCAUCCGCCUGGGCACCAUUGCACCUGAAGAGUUCGUUGGCGAGCAUUGGCGCAAUUUUGCAAGGGCGUUGCGUAACACGGCAGGCGUCCGGCGCAGCGAUGUGCAGCUUGUCAGCCUACAGCCUGAUCACGGUGAUUUGGAAGUGCUCCUUGCGCUCGACAAAACAGGAAGUCCAGAGCAGGCACAGGAAGUGGUGCUGAGGAAGCUGAAUGCCUCCGCUGGUGCUAUUGAGGAGAUAACAGGGGUGAGGAUUGUGCGUGUGGGCAACAAAGUUUGCCCUCAUUUGGACUGUCCAGCUCGUCACUGCCAGGAGACGGUGACAUUGGAGACGGGCACUAUGGCAACAUAUAGCACAGCAAGGCUCAGCUUUGUCACUCCACGCCACACGAGGACAGCUGACUGCCUGUGCCGUGGCGCUGAGUGCACUGAGCUGAGCAAGCUGUGCGUCGGGAACCCAUGUCCCGAGGGUACGGAGUGUGUAGAAGACCCAACACACACCACAUUCAGCUGUGUAUGCUCAGACGAGAAACAUGGACAAUGUGCCGAAGGUCACGCUCUGACAUUCAGCGGAAACGGCUACGUGCGCUACAGGCUCAUGGAGAAUGACAAUAAGGAGGAGAUGAAUCUCUCUCUCAGGCUACGCACAUUCUCGGACCACGCCACCAUCAUGUACGCCAAGGGCACCGACUACAGCAUCCUGGAGAUUGUGAAUGGACGCCUGCAGUACAAGUUUGACUGUGGCAGUGGGCCCGGUGUCGUCCCUAUCCACAGCCCAUUAGUGAAUGAUGGAGAAUGGCACACAAUCUCACUCGAGGUGGAUGGCAACUACGCUCGCCUGGUGCUUGACCGAACACACACCGCCUCAGGCAAAGCACAAGGCAACCUUCGCACGCUCAACCUCGACACCAGUGUCUUCUUUGGAGGUCAUGUUCGGCAGGCAGGUGUAGCCAACGGCCUGAGGGGCUGCCUGCAGGGGGUGGUGUUGAACGGACGUGAGCUGCCACUGAGAUCGCAGCCUCGUAGCUCGCACUCUGUGCUGGAGGAACUUGUGGAAGCUGUGCCUGGUUGCAGACCACCCCCUCGGGUAUCGAGCUGUGCCAGUGAGCCCUGUGCCAAUGGAGGAACUUGCACAGAGCUGCCUAAUGGAGGUUAUUUCUGUAAGUGCAGUCCUCUGUUCAUGGGUAGCCACUGUGAGGUUAGCAUCAGCCCCUGUUCAUCUAAUCCCUGUCUUUAUGGUGGAACCUGUGUGCCACGUGGAGAUGACUUCUACUGCCAGUGCCGAGGCCAGUACUCCGGCCAGUGGUGUCAGCUUGGUCCGUACUGCACAGAGAACCCUUGUAAGAACAACGGCAGGUGUAUCGGCAGCCUGGAUGGCCCAGUGUGCGAGUGCGAGGCUGGCUUCCAAGGAGACAGGUGCCUGAAUGAUGUGGACGAGUGUCUGAAAAACCCAUGCACCAACGGUGGCCAAUGCCAGAACACAUACGGCUCAUAUGCCUGCAACUGCUCGCUUGGCUAUGGGGGUCACCACUGUGAACAACACGCCCAGAUAAGCAACCAGGUGCUCUCUACAUCCUGGAACAUUGGCCUGGAGGAGGUUAUCGGCAUUGCUGUCUUUGUCGCCGUGAUCUUCAUCAUGGCUCUGCUAUUUGUCGGGAUCCGUAAGCGUGUAUGCCGGCGUACCAAGCCCCAGUCGCCCGAUGAUGAUAAGCGCCUGCAUUCGUCCUUCCUGCAGCGUCCGUAUUAUGACUCCAAGUUGGGCAGGAACGUCUACUCUGACGUGCCACCCCAAGUGCCCGUGCGACCCAUCUCAUACACCCCCAGCGUGCCGAGUGACUCUCGCAACAACCUGGACCGCAGCUCAUUUGAAGGCUCAACUGUUCCCGAGCACACUGAAUUCAGCACUUUCAACCCUGAUCCAGUAGGACAUGGGCACCGCAAGACUGUCGCUGUGUGCAGCGUGGCACCCAACCUGCCCCCGCCUCCGCCCUCCAACUCUGCCUCGGACAGCGACUCGAUUCAGAAACCCAGCUGGGACUAUGAUUAUGACGCUAAAGUUGUAGAUCUGGAUCCAUGUUUCAGUAAGAAGGCAGUGGAGGACAGCACGUGUCACCCCUAUAACACCCGGGGCAGCAUGUCUGAGGUGCAGUCGCUCAGCUCUUUCCAGUCUGAGUCCUGUGAUGACAACGCCUCCAUAGUGACUGUAAUCCACCUGGUCAGCUCGGCGGCUGGCUCGGUGGAGACACAAGAGUCACUCCCGUCUCGUGAGCUCAAGAACCCGAGAGGGUAUCACUGGGACACAUCUGAUUGGAUGCCGAGUGUUCAACUUCCUGGAAUCCAGGAGUUUCCUCAGUAUGAGGUGGUGGAAUCUCCGCCCACCCUGUACAACGACCCCGCCUUGUUAGACACGGACUAUUAUGCGGGUGGCUACGACAUUGAGAGCGAUUUCCCACCUCCACCUGAUGACUUCCCCAGCCAUGACGACCUGCCACCUCCUCCACCUCCACCCACAACGUAUGACACGCUUGGCCCUGCCCCCUCUAGUCCUGGAGGAUCAUGGGCACGCCAGCGCCCACCUUUACCCCAGCUCUACACGCUCAGCCAUUACCUCCCUCACCACCAGUACCCUUCAUCCGACCCGGAGCCGCCGAAAAGCGGCAGCAUCGCAGCUGACGACGUUUCACUGUCGCUGUAUGCAUCUACAGUGUCAUGCUCGGACGUGGAGGAGUCAGAGGCGCCGAUGAGCGACUGUGAGAGUGGUGCCGAGGAUGGGGCACAAUUUCGACGGCUCAUCGUAGCACCACAACCGCAACAACAACAGCAACAGCACACCGAAGUCUGACACUGGAUCCAUAAAGCGCAGAAAUCAAAAAGUGCCUGAAAAUUAAACCUUAUGCAGGAGACUCUUGUUGUAAACACACACACACACACACACACACAAGAUGUACGACCACACAAUAAAUCCAAGCGCACACAUUCUCUGAGACAUGGACACAUUCAAGGACAAUUUCUCCUCUGGAGCACAGCAGCUAAUUUCAGUAGGAGUCGAGUGGACCCGAGUGUGUACAGGUGUGUAUCUGCCUGCACACAAUGUCUGAUAUAAAAUUCACACCAUCUUGUUCAUGAAAGAAAAAAAUAAUAUGGAAAAAAAGCGUCAUUUCAAGUGAUAGCUGUCCGUAUUUGUAUAGAUAAAACCAUGCAAUCUGAUUUUUUUUAAUUAUUACAAAUGCUCAUUCAUUUGUAAUGUAAAUGGUACUGUACAGUUUUGAUUUUAAGGGUUGACUAGUUCUUUUUGUAGAUAUUUUUAUUUUUAAAAAAAAAGCCAACAGAAAAAAAUCAGUGUGUCAUUAUCAGCUUUUGCAGUACAACAAAAGAGGACAAAAACAAUCUAAACAGUGGUUAAAAAAAAUGUGUGUGUGUGACCAUCUCCACACUUCCUGCUCCGCUCUGAUGGGCGACUGCAUAUUAUUGUGAUGUCAGUUUCAUUUAUUGUGGGUUUUUUGUUGUUGUUGUUGUUGGGGUUUUUUGUUUUUUUUUUGUUUUUUUUUUAAACUUUUGAAAGCUCUUUAUUUUUCCACCAACAAAAAAAACAAACAAACAAAAAAAACAGGACCCGGUAUAUUUAUAAUGCGAGAUGAAGUGUGGACUCGUGACUUUUUUCAAGCAACCGCUCAUGUGUGAGCAGUGCUUCGGUCUUGUUUAUGAUUUGGGGGUUUUUUUUGUUUUGUUUUGUUUUGUUUUUAAUACUGCCACUAGCUUAAUCGCUUUACUACUGGCAAUAAAUUAUUCUUAAAAAUA